GAUAUCAGCAAGAUGGACGAGGACGUUUCCAAAGUGCGGAGCUGCUCCACCAUCAACACGUUUUAUCACGAAACCCAGCAGGAGGUUCUCAACCUAAAAAAGCAGAUUCGCUCCAAGGACGGAAUUAUAGCCGAUUUGAAAGCUAGGUUAUUUAAAUAUGAGAGAACGUGUUUCUCGGAGGGAGAAGAAGCGUGUCUGGUUGGACCAUCCAAAUCACUGGUGGAGAGUUUGUGUAGAGAAAACUGCAGACUGAACCAGCAGCUGAAGGAGACUGAAGUGGACAUGUCCCAAAAACUGGAGUCCUUCAAAAGAGAGAUCCAGAUUCUGCAGCAGACGCUGAGGGAGAAGGAGCAGGAACUGGACCGGCCUGAACAUGAAAAGGACCGUGAGAUCCAGCAUCUAUGUGCCAGACUGGAAGCACGCAAUCGGGCACAGGCUACCCAGGAUGUCCUGUGCAACUCCCUGGCUGACGAAGCAGAACAGCUAAGGGGACAACUGGGUACCACUGUUCGAGUAUGUGAGGAGCUGCUGGGAAGACUGGAGAAACAGAAGAACAGAGCAGCUAAUACUGAAUACAAGUCCCAAAACAAUGAGACGACAGAUUCCUCUGAAGUUGCACGUCUGAAUGGCGUUGUCAUGAAGUUACAAGAAGAGAACCAGCAGCUUCAAAAGAGAGUGGCAUAUGUAGAACACCUGAACUCAAAAUGGCAGAAAUAUGAUCUGAGUAGAGAGGAGUACGUCAGGGGGCUGUGUCAGAAGCUUAAGGAGACCAGCGGGUUGGCGCAGUGCCCAGGUCCGGCAGUGGGCACCACGACUCUGUACCAGCAGGAGAUCAGCAGGCUGAACGGGUUACUGGAGGAGAGGAUGCUGGAGUGUGAGAGGCUAAGCAGAGGGAAAGAGGAGUGUCUGCAGAGAGACCGCGAGAAAAUACAGAUGCUCGAACAACAGGUUUUGGCCUACAUAGAAGAUUUCAAGUCAGAGAGAGCGGACAGAGAACGGGCCCAGAGCAAAAUCAUGGAUCUUCAGGAGGAAAUAGUGCGUCUACAGCUGCAAAUCCAAGCACAGAAUACCCGGGAAGCACCAACACGCCGGAUAUUACCCAGCCUCAAGAAACCAAACCGUAAACAGACAGAAACAGCAGAGCCACUAUUGCGGAACAGCCCUCCGGACACUAGUGCCAGGCGGGCAGCGUGUCAGUUGGCAUCACCCGGCUCCUCCGAGCUUCAGUGCCCGCGGUGCCUGACCAUGUACGAUGAUAAACACACAGCAGAAUAUAUGAACCACUGGGAGGAGUGUGCGAAACUCUGACCUCUGCACUUCACACUCCCACAGACAAUAAACGAUGCACUACAGAAGUGUGUGGACACCAUGGGAACGUACAGGUACGACCAGGAUGGAGCCAAAGUAAACGCUGGACAGGCAAACUCAAGUCGUCAGACUGCACAAGCAGAUGGAAAUGAUUCUGACUUCUUUCAGAUUUAAUCUACACAAUAAUCCGAACAGGAAAGAAACUCGUGUCUGGACUGUGACAGUCGACAGAUCUUUCCUAAACCAGAUCCAUCAUCACUUAUCAGGUUUGUAGACUUACAGAGCACAGAGACCCUGAUGUUUCAAAUGACAAAAG